AUGGCAACCACGGGAAAGAGGAGGUUGAUUAAGGGAGCUGCGCGACGUCGAAGCGUCGACUCUGACGAUAAUAUAUCGUUGGCUAUAACUUCUCCUGUAUCCCCGUCAGCUACUACGACUGACAGUAUGGAUUCUGACGAACCAUAUGUCAAACGUCCAGCACAAACCAUAAGGAAAACGAAGAAAAAGGUUCAAUCCCUCCCCACACAGUUUCUGGAUAGUUUCAUUACUCAAUUUACCCCCGAAGAACUUGCAGCGAAACGUACGGUCGAAGUAAUAUACGGUAGUAGCGGGUCAUUUGCUUACACCUUCCGUAGCCUCGAGGAGACAUUAUUUUCACCGACAUGCGACUCUGUGGUCAUUCUAUCUUUUUUGAAAGCCUUAUCAGCCGUAGCGGAUGAACGAUUCUUGCGUGAUCUACUUUCCGGAACCGUUACUACAGCGAAGGCAGCACAUACAGGCCCAGCUGAAGUUGGACCAGAAACUUUACGAAAUUAUGAGCUCCUUCUGCUCGGAGCAGUAAAGAGACUUGAUGGAUUGUUAACUGUGGAUGAAAGCGCUGGUGAUUGGGCAAAAUUGACCUCUUCAUUGAAGUGCUUUCUUAUAGAUGGCCUUGCGGGGGAGCUGCGCUCCCUAUUGUCAUCGCUCUUUACUGACGCGGAUUUGUCGGAUGGAGGAAUCAUCACAUGUUUGGGGCGUCUUAAAAGUGUUGCUACCACACUAGAAGGAGCCAUUUUACUCAAUGGAAGGAAAUCAGGGGCCACCCGCAAGGGGAAGACUAACUUUGGUACAGCGGAGUGUGUCAAGUCGAUCUCUCGCGUCGAGGUAAUGGUCUCAUACUUACAAGAGGUGCACAGAUUAGUAUCUACAACCGUUGCAAAUCGUCCGGAGUCGGAAGGAUUGGAGGCACUUCUGCAUGCGAUUGAGCUACUUCUAGGUAUAUCAAAUGAUUCUUCAAAAGGUGACCCUGUGGGUGUAGACUUCAAAGUCGAAUCAUUGAAAUUGCUAUUGAGUAACGAUGGAUGCGACACUCUGGGAAGCUCGAAUUUUAAAACGGAAAGCGGUUUUAUUCGCCAGAAGUUCGAGAACAUAUGCCUGGCUUUCGAGGAGCAAAGACGACAACAGCAGGAUCACCAAGCAGAAUUGGCUAAAAAGACCAAGAUGAAACGGGAUGCUGUUAGCUAUAUUUUAGCUAGAUUGUCGGAAGUUGAGAGUGCAAACGCUCCACCAAGUAUCCGGCAUCCUUGCUAUGUAGUAGGAAUACCACCCUCGAAGUGCACUGAAGAAGUGAUUAGACGCUGCGGACGUAAGCUAAAAACAUUGUUACACCCCGAUACGGAGCAUGAUCCGGAGUGGAAAGCUCUCGCUGAACGUGCUUUUAAAGAAGCGUCACUGGCCCUGGAGAAAUGUGUAGGUUACAACAGCGCGUACCACACAUCUACGCUGCGUAUGGCAGCACGACCGCCGUUUGCAACGUAUAUAGGACUAGCAUUAGCUACAGAAAAUUCAUCAGAGGGGAACCAGCAAUCGGGCGUCUCAACCUCUGAUAACGUUGUGACGCCGCCAAGCUUGGUCCUCCUCCCGACGUUUACAGCUAGCUGUAUGGAUAGGAAAACCGGUUCUGUCAACGUAAUAUUGGAAGCAUCAUCGUUUACUAUGAAUGGAUUUUCAAAACUUGGCAAAAAUAAGCGACUAGUUGUCUACAUGCACAGGCCAACACAUGGAGAUGAGCCAUCAUCCUUCCGUGUUCAUCGAAACUUAGUUUCAGAGGUCAAAUCACUCUCACUGCCCGAUGCCGUGCAAGGGAAACAAUUAAGUGUGAAGAUUGACGCUGUUCAACCCAUAAUGUUCGGAAACGCAUGGCGAUACUUUGUGGGCAUACAAUUGGCAGGUGACCUCGGCACGUCUUUGGUGGUGUGGAAUAGCCUAUAUGUCGAACUGUCCAACAAGGGCCGUACUGCAGUACAUGUCGGCAAACUCCUUAAGACAUUUGUUGGAGCUCCCUUCGUAAAUCAAGAAUUGUUACAAAAUCAUCUGUCUCGGUGCAGAGAUGGAGCGAAGGCUGAUGCCGAGGCCUUCCUGCAAGAAUGCGCAAAGUCAGCGCAACGGUGGGCUGACGAGCAGUAG